GCAGGAUGGAAAUAAAGCAACUUCAUCCAAGAAUGGUUGCUGAGGGGAGUAAUAUGCUAUGGGUAGAAAAGUCAGUUCCUCACUUCAUCUUGAUGGCCAUUUUCAAGAACAUAUUUUUAUGCCCUGAGGAAGCGUUGCAGCAGUCGACGGCUUCCUCCGGAUCUGAAGUUGAAUCGAGUGGGGUUCUUGAUACUGUUGUUGGCUUUGUAACGGAGAAUCCUGCUAUUGUAGCCAGCGGCGCCGCCAUUUUGGUUCUUCCAAUUGUUCUGUCUCAGGUGUUUGGCAAGUCUAAGCCAUGGGGUAAGGAGUUAAGGGAGGUUGGCAGUCCUGAUGUCAGGGGUUUGGGUAAGAAGCCAGUGUCGAUUGUUUACAAGGGUGACGAUAAGCCCGGGUUCUUGAAGAAGCUGUCUUUGAAGUUCAAGAAACUGGAAAAUACCACAUUGUUUAUUCUGGGCAAAUUUGAUGGGAACUCUGAAUUGGUUGCGGAGUUGGUUGCCAUAAAUGGAUUCAAAGCUGCCUAUGCAAUAAAAGAUGGUGCGGAAGGACCCCGAGGAUGGAUGAACAGUGGUCUUCCCUGGAUACCACCAAAGAAAGCACUGAGUCUUGACCUAAGCAGUUUGACAGAGUCCAUCAGUGGGGAACUUGGAGAAGGAUCCGAGGCCCUGCCAGUUACUCUUGCAAUUGCUGCAGCUACUGGGUUGGGUUUAUUAGCAUUCACAGAGAUAGAAACAAUUCUCCAACUUCUUGGCUCAGCUGCAAUUAUUCAGUUAUUGGGCAAGAAACUGUUAUUUGCAGAGGCUAAUGAAAACCGAAAGCAAACUCUUCAACAAGUUGAUGAAUUCUUGAACACCAAAGUUGCUCCCAAGGAACUUGUUGAUGAGCUUAAGCAAAUAGGGAAGGCUCUCCUACCAUCUUCUGUGAAUGGCGAGGCUCUUCCAGCACCUGCAGAGGCAAACCCAGAGCCUGCUAAGAUGCAGAAAGCUGAGCCAGCUCCGCUCACAACAGAACCAAAAGUUGAAGCCGUUGCAGAACGCUCUCCCCAGAUUAAUUCAGUAGCCAAAACAGAAGCCACGGCAGAAUCAGUUUCUGGAUUUCCAAAACCUCUUUCUCCAUAUCCAUAUUACCCAGACUUAAAGCCUCCGACGUCCCCCUCUCCAUCACAGCCAUAGUUGCACACGGAAAUCCAACUCGGAUUGUUGAUCUCUAGUUUCUACUACAGCUUAUUGAUUGGUCGGGAACCAUAAUAAAGCUAUCCAGUGAAU